AUGUCUCAGUUCAAGGAAACCUUUUUCCACGCCUCGGGCCAGGCGUCGGGCAUCUGGACGGGCAAUCUCUGGGCGGGCCUGGUUGUGGUGUUUACGCUGGCUAUCCUGAUCCGCCGGGUCAUCGACAUCACCUACAACCUCUACUUCCACCCGCUGGCGCAUUUCCCGGGCCCCAAAUUUGCCGCCUUCAGCAACAUUCCGUACAGCUACUGGUUUCUUGGAGGGCGCCAACCCUACAAGAUCCUCGAGCUGCAUCGGAGAUACGGACCGGUAGUGCGGACGGCGCCAAAUGAACUCUCAUUCAACUCAGCACAGUCAUGGAAGGACAUCUACGGGUUCAGGCAGAACCACAAGACAUUCAUCAAGAGCGAUUUUUAUGACGGCGGCAGCUUCACCGGCCGCGGGGUGCAUUCCAUCGUGAGCGAGCGCGGUGUUGACGAGCACGCGCAAAUGCGCCGCUACUUGUCGCAUGCCUUCUCGGACCGGUCGCUCAGUGAGCAGGAAGAGCUGAUCGCCAAGAGCAUUGACAAGUUCGUGGGAAAGCUGGGCGCGGCGGGCGCCAAAUCUUCGGGGUUUGACAUUGGCAAGGGGUAUGAAAUGAUGACUUUUGACAUCAUUGGUGAUCUUGCGUUUGGCGAGACUUUUGGGGGGCUUGAAAAGGACCAGCCCCAUCCGUGGAUUUCGAUCGCAAUGGGGGCAUUGACGCAGGGAGCGCUUGCAGAUGUUUUCAAGCGCUUCCCAAUGCUGGGGAAGACACUCUCCGUCCUGAUGUCGAGCCAGCUGAAGAAGCUGACAGAGGACACGAGGACCAACGAGGACAUGGCGAUAGACUUGGUAAAUCGGCGCAUUGCACGCAAGACCGACAGAAAAGACUUCAUGACGCGCAUCCUCGAGCAGCGGGAUCCAGACGAAGUGUCAGACCUGCAGCUCGCAGCGCACGCCUCCGACUUUGUUUUGGCGGGCAGCGAAACCACGGCUACUGCCAUGGGCACCAUCACAUACUACCUUUUGCGCAACCCUGACAUAAUGGCCAGAUUACAGCGCGAGAUUCGCGCGGCCUUCAAGUCGUACGGCGAGAUCUGCGACAAGGCAACGCUACCGUUGCCGUACUUGAAGGCGGUGAUUCUGGAGGGGCUGAGGAUGUAUCCGCCGCUGCCGUUUGCGCUCCCGCGGGUUGUUCCCGACCCCGGAGACACGGUGGACGGGCAUUACCUCCCCGGAGGCACGAUCGUUUCAACGAACCCAAUCGCAGCGAGCCUCGACGCAGCAAAUUUCAAGGACCCGAUGGCGUUCAAGCCGGAGCGGUGGAUGGGAGCCAACCAGGAGGAUAUCCUCGAGGCGAGCCAGCCGUUUUCACUCGGGCCGAGGGCAUGCCUGGGCAGAAAUCUCGGCUGGAUGGAGCUCCGAACCACGAUUUCCAAGGUUCUCUGGAUGUAUGAUCUGGAGCUGGCGGACCAGUCGCUGGACUGGCACCGUGACUCGAAAAUGCACACGCUCUGGAUGAAGCCUAAGCUCAUGGUGAGAGUAACAAAGCGGGCGGGGGCGUAG